UGGCAGCCGCAAGAAACAGCAGACUGCACCUGAAAGAGAAACUAAGUCUCAAAACAUGGUUUCAGUCUGUCAAAAUUAAGCGCGGAAUUUUCAAAAACUUGAGUAAUUUCGAAUGGACCAUCAAAUUUGUUCUGAAGCUUGUUUGAAAUUUGAGACUGUUUCACAAAGACUUUAUCGCCAACUUUAUAUGAUUGUAAAUUGGGUGACACUCUACUAUCAAAGCGAAUUUUUGCUUUUUGCUUCUGUUCGUCAGUUCUCACGCGGGCAAUUUUGUAGUGUAAUAUUCGAGUUUAUUCCGAAUGUCUCGAACAUACUUGGACAUCAAUUCUUUUUCUAAUGCUGGCAGUACACGCUCGUCGAAGCCAUCCGAAUGCGAGACUCCCCGAUGCGAGGCGGCCCGAGGCACGAGGCCCGAGGACACCGUGUAUACUCUCGCAGUAAACAUCGAACCGGCUCCUUGUGUAGAUUCGUGCGAGUGAUGGCCAAGAACGUGGAAAUUUGUGUAGCUGUAGCCUAUGCUGCUUAUUGUUACUAUAAAUAUUUGCAUAUUAUAUCAACUUCAAAAAUCAAGAAGCCUUGGAAGAAAAGAAGAUGGUGGGUGAAAUCAAUCAAUCGAAAUAGAACGAGGGAACACAUGGACAGACAAUUGAGCGAAUUGUUAAUGGAACCUGGUGGUGAAUUUUAAAAUUUUACUCGAAUGUCUCUAGCUGAUUUUGAGUAUCUUUUAAAUAUAGUCUCACCAAUGAUUUCCAAAAAAGAUACUUCAAUGAGACAGGCAAUAACUCCAAAAAUACGGCUAGCAAUUACUUUGAGAUAUUUAGCCACAGGCGACAGUUUCAAGAGCCUACAUUAUUUAUUUAAAGUUUCAAGUGAAAUAAUAUCGCGGAUUAUUCCGGAGGUCUGUGCAGCACUGAAUGAGGCUUUGAAAGAUGAAAUUAAGAUGCCGUCAACUACAGUUGAGUGGAUAGAAAUUGAAAAAGGAUUUAGAGAUAAUUUUCCCCACGCCAUUGGAGCAAUCGACGGAAAACAUGUUCUAAUCAAAUGUCCUGAUCACACUGGAUCAGAAUAUUACAAUUACAAAAGAACCUUUAGUAUUGUUCUUCUAGCUGUAGUAGACAGUAAAUAUCGAUUUAUAUUUUGUGACAUUGGAAGCCAAGGAAGAAUCAGUGAUGGCAUACUUAGAAAUAGUGUGUUAUGGAAAAAUAUUUGUGAAAAUAAGAUGAAUUUUCCUCCACCUUGCCCCUUACCCGGAUUAAACGUUGAUUUACCAUAUGUUUUCUUGGGAGAUGGUGGUUUUGCAUUAAGCGAGAACUUAAUGAAGCCAUAUCCUGGCGAUCAUAAAUUGAAUACUCCCAAACGUAUUUUCAAUGAAACAUUGUCAAGGUCUCGUGUAUUGUCUGAAAAUACUUUUGGAAUAUUAACUCUCAGAUUCCGAUUUUUCAAAAAGCCAAUCGAAUUGAUGCCCGAAAAAGUGACGCAGUUAACAAUGACAUGUGUACUUCUACACAAUUUUCUUAUGAAAAGUUCUAGUUCAAAAAACAUUUAUAACCCGUCGGCCACUCUUGAUAAAUAUGAUAACGGCGUUUUUAUUGAAGGGGCUUGGAGGCAAGAAGUACCUCAAAACUGUGCUAUUCGAUGUGUAUCACAUAUUGCUCGUCGAUCACCGAUUAGUGCGACUAAGAUUAGAGAUAAUUUCACUGAAUAUUUUGUGAAUUUAAAAAACAAAUAAAAUAUUGUAUGACAAGUAAUAAGUAAUAGUUAUUUUAUUGAAUGUACUUACCGUGUCUUGACUGUUUAUGGUAGGGUGGCAGUCAUAUAUUUGACCAAGAAAAGUUUCCAUAAAGCUGUAUGCAAACCAUAUAGGCUUGUAAAUAUCAUCGCCCCCAGCACCGCUCCUAAUGGACGCAUUUUUCCUUCUUAAGUGACCCCGGAAGGUGGCCAUUGAAGAAUCUUUUUUCUUCUUUAAUUCUGCCACAGAUUUGCCUGUAGAUUCAGAGAUUCGAUUCCAGGCGUCAGCUAAUUUCUCCUUUCUUUUAUGAUUUUCGUCAGAGGGAUCCCACAAACAAGGUUCGCUCUGAUAAAAUUCCAAAAACUUGAUAGUAAAAUCAUUUGUCCACUCCAUUUUAAAAAUAAACAAUGUCAACCAAUAUAGCCGCAAACGAAAACUAAUCACGCCACAAAUUCCACUGUUCAACAAGAGACCAGCGUGUGCCGAGGUCGCCCGAAUAUACCAUGUCCACGCUCGCGAGACCUCCCACUUACGCUCUCGGUUCCUUUGACUCGCACUGGGAGACCGCUUCUACACCGAGCGCUCCGAGGGCGAGGCGAGAGGGUCUAGGGCGAGGCGGGAAUAGUA